AAGUUCUUUAAGUGCCUAAGAACUUGCAACUCGGAGAAGCAAGUGAAUCCCUCAACCUUUUCGGCUUUCUGGCCAAAGAAGUAGGGACGACCUUUCCAUGAACCAACGUCUGCGGCGCUGAUGCGGUCGGACUGCACCAUGCUAUGUUCGAUGUGGAACGGAGAAUUGGUGACUCGGUGGGCCUUCAGGUGCAGAAAGCAUGGUAUCUCCUCCAGGCCGCCAAGCACAGCGGGCUGCGGCCGGAGUUGUGGAAAGCCACGCACGUGGUCCGCCAGGCUGCACAAAGCUUGCAGUGGAUGGAUGCCCUGGAUCUCACCGAAUUCUUGGCGGACAAAGGCUACGCUUUCCAUGAAGACUUGCGACAGAGCAAGGUCCUUGUGCACAGCCUGGCUGGUAGAUGGACGUUUUGCCUUCAGGAUUUGGAGAAGAUCCAAUCUGAUCGCUACCUUCGAGUCCAGCCGCUGGCGCGCACGAUGCGCGCCGGCGUGUCGGCCGACGCGUGGCCCACCGUGCUCCAGCUCUUGCAGUGCGUGGCGACGGACACGUCGCAGCUCCGGCGAGGAGCAACGGCGAAGAGGAGAACUCUACUCAACGUGGCGCUCUCAGCCUUUGCUGCUGCGAGAGACCGCCAAGAGCCCCUCCUGGAGCAAGCACUUUCAGAGGCCUAUGCAAAGACAUCCUUACCUUGGAUAAGGGCAAAUGACCUGAUGAAGAACAUCAAGGUCACCUCUCUUCGUCCCAGCCGACGGUCUUGGAACCUGGUGCUGGCGGCGGGUGCGCGGAAUUCCACCUGGAGGGCGACCUGUGACAUGGUAAGGAGGCGGGCUGCUGAAGGGGUCCGCAUGGAUGAUAUGGCACUUGAAAAGCUUCUGAAAGCGCUCAGCCUCAGCCAGGCUUGGCCAAUGGCCUCUUGGAUCCUGGAGGACCAGCUCCAUCAGCUACGCUUUGCUCGCCACUCCAAGCGCCUCUCCCGCGCGGCGCUCCAGGCCGCUGCCGCCCGCGCGGCGGAGGAAUGGUGUGUGGUGCGGCCGGCGCCGUUUCAAAGACAAAGCUGGGUGAAGGCCUUGUGCCUCAUGGAGGCUAGAGGGACAGCCUGCGUUUCUCAGCGGGCAGUGCUGGAAGGGAUGCUUGCAGCGUGUGCCCGGACUAUGGAGACCUCGCGAGCCAUAAAGCUGCUGCAAAGUGCCUAUGCAAGGAGUGUGCAGGUGUCUGGUGCUGCUCACAGCUUUGCCAUGCACGCCGCGGCUUUGAAGUCUCGCUGGGGCUUGUCGCUCAUGCUGUAUGAUGAUUUGCGCCAUUCUGGCAGCAGGCCCACCGAUGUGACCAUCAACAACCUGGCCAUUGCCUUUCGGCACCUCCCACGAAAGUGGGCCUCUGCGGGGCUUUUGUUCCAGGAGAUCCAAGCGCAAGCUCUGCGCCUCAACGCCAUCUUCCUGGGCAAUGCCGUCCGAGGCUCUUCCAGCAGCAGGCAGUGGCAAGAGGCCGUCGAGCUGUGUCGCGUGACCCGGGUGGUCCAGCUGCGGUGUGACGCCUAUGUCUUCAACAACGCCAUGAGUGGCAUGGGACGUCUGGCCCAAUGGAGGCAGACUUUGCAGUUCAUGGAAGAAGCCCGAGAGACCCAGGUCUUCACCUCCGACCCCACGCUUCUGAACUCUGCCCUUUCUGGAAUGGCAGCUGCUUCUCAACGGGGUCUCGCUACACAGCUGUUGCAAGAUCUGAAGCGCUCGGACGUCCGCAUCGAUGUGAUUUCUAUGGGCUCUUUGGCCAAAGCAUUCGAACAUGAAAGCCUUUGGACCAGUGUGCUAUCGACUUUGGAUGCCUUGCGUCACCAUGAUCUGACCUUGAACCCCAUCGUGUGGAGCACCUGUGCCAGUAGCUGCCGCCGCCAGAGUUUGUGGCACUGGUCGCUGCAGAUCUUGCAGGAGCAUCAAAUGAAGGCCUUGAAAGUGGAGGAGUCCACCUACUGCCUGAGCGUCCAUGCCUGUGGAGAGAACACCGCCUGGCGCGGCGCCAUUUUCCUCAUUGAAACCAUGCGAAGCGCACGGUUGAGGAUCAGCGAACUUUUGUACCAGAACCUCCCGGGCAUCUUCUUGCAGCCACGCCGUUUGACACGAUAGCGCUGUGGAAAAGAUGACACUCCCACCAGCCACUAGUGUGGCAACGCUUAAGUCUCUGGUCCGUGGUUCUUGCAUCAUCCCAAAGGAAGGGCUUCACUUGUUGAUCUACAUGGCAUCACUAAGUAGGGAAUUGGUCGUCCAUGGCUUGUGCAAAGGAAGACGUUUCCUAUCGUUUCUCUUUUUUCCUCUGCAGGGUUGGAACAGGAUUGGGAGCCGAUGAAGAAUGUUGACAACUGGCCUCAUCUUGCCACUUCCAGCUCAAGCCGCUGUUGAUUCCCCACAGCUUGCCAUGUCUGA